UUUAUAGCAGCGUGACUACAUUUGGUUGCUGUGUUUUGUCAGCUCUGGACUGCAGAGGUCUGGCAAAGGCUGUUUGCUUUCUCCUGAGCCCUUUUUCAGACCAAGCUCUACCUAAGUUGCUUCUAACUUUGCUGCUGUUGCUGAGGUUGAUCUAGGAAUUGGUCAAUCCAACAAGGUGUCAAGAAAAGAGAAGACUCAACUGGCGCCUUCAAGAUGAGUCUUAUUUGUCUCCCACUUUUCGCUGCUCUACUCUGUGGUGUCUUAUGCCAGUAUGAUGAUUACUAUGAACCUGCAUCUCAACUGGGACCCUCAGGACCUAAUUGUCCAGAAGAGUGUGAAUGUCCAAUAAGUUUCCCAAGUGCCAUGUACUGUGACAACCGCAAACUAAAGUACAUCCCAAUAGUGCCUUCAGGAAUCAAGUACCUUUACCUGCAAAGAAACCAGAUAGAUUCCAUCAAAAACGGCGUCUUUGACAAUGCCACAGAUCUCUCUUGGCUUAUCUUGGAUGAAAACGAAAUUGUCAAUAGCAACAUAGGAAAAAAUACCUUUUCUAAGCUGAAAAAGCUGGAAAGACUGUACAUGAGUAAGAACAAACUUACAGAGCCUGUUGGACCUCUCCCCAAUACCCUACAGGAGCUUAAACUUGCAAAGAACCAAAUCUCAAAGUUUCCAUCCAGCCUUUUGAAAGGACUCCAAAACCUCACUGUUAUUCAACUUCAAGAAAAUGAGUUGCAGGAUGAUGCUCUUGCUGGAGUGUUUCAGGGGCUCAACUCCCUGACGUACCUUGACUUAAGCACCAAUAAAAUAAAAAGAAUGCCUCAGGAUCUUCCAAGCACUCUGGAGAUGUUAUAUGCUGAUCACAAUGACAUCUCCAAACUUCCAGACAACUACUUACAAAAACUCCCUAAGCUGCAGUACCUGAGAAUCUCACACAAUCAGUUGGUGGAUUCUGGCAUUCCCGCUGAGUUCUUCAAUGUCACUUCUCUUAUUGAGCUGGACCUGUCUUUCAACAAGAUGCAGUCCAUCCCAGUCGUUAACGAGAACUUAGAGAACCUCUACUUACAGGUCAACGAAAUCAACAAGUUUGAUCUGGCUAGCUUCUGCAAGAUCACUGGCCCACUGAACUACUCCAGAUUGAGACACCUGAGACUGGAUGGGAACAAAAUCACUCACAAUGACUUGCCGGUGGAUAUGUCAAACUGCCUCCGCCAAGCCAGUGAAGUCAUCUAUGAGUAAAGGCAUGGUCUAGUGUUAAACUAGGGGUCCUGGUCUGUUUUCAAUCGUUCCAGUAGAUCAGGGAGCUUCUGCUCUGUUAACCUCAGCAUGUUUCAAGAUUUUUCUAUUGUUAAGAGUAGCAUGUUAUUUAAAGGCAUCUAACUACCUGAACAAAACCAACAACAGAUGUUUAGUACUUUGAUGUGCAUGAAACUAUUCAGAAAAAAAGAUAAGAAUCCAUAGGUAAUGUGUGCUAGAAAUGUACUCUGAAUAUACUAUUGAAUAUUGAUAUCAUAUCAGUACACUAUACAGUAUGUGUUCUUAAGGAAAGAACACUUUUAUGUACAUGAGAGCAAUGUACCACCAAAUAUGUUAUGACUGUGGUUCUGUAGCAGAAUAUACACUGUUAAAAACAUUAAAAAGUCAAACUUACUCUGACCAAGCAAGAAAUUUCUUUCUCAUAUUAAAAUAUACUCGUUUGGCAUCUAAAUAAGAAUACUUUUCUUACGUUUUCUCAAAUCUUUAAAACAGUGCGUUAAGUUAAGCUAAUGGGUAACUGAUUUGUUUCAGGACCACAUCUUGCAAACCACAACUCACUGUAGCUAUGCUAGGUUAAAGGGUACAUUUACCUUUGUGUGUGAAGUUGUUGUGGUGGUUUCUGACUUUCCUGUUUGCUUUUAAUAUGUUGUUAUAUCAUCAUCUAGCAAUGAAUGACAAAUGCAAAACAUAAUUACAUUUGCGGAAUACGGAAUGUGGUCUGGAAACUCUCUAAUACAUAACAUACAAGAUUUCUGUCAGUUACAUGACAUGCAUAGUGUCACUAAAUGUCAGCAAGGAGAUAAUCUAGGAAGAUAUUGCUAGAUUACAUUUGAUAAUUAUGGUAAUCAAUAUUUAAGCAGCUACUGCUUAAGAUGAGUGAAAACUGGACUAAAGUUUAUUUAGUUUAUUCAGAUUAAUGAUUCAUGAGCGUUGACAUUGCUAUAAAAAGUAACCUACAACCAAGUCUAUCAAUACUAUCCAAAGAAAAUCACCUUCAAAGUGAUACAAUAAUGCUUCUAAGUAAAUGUAGUGAAUAUUAAGUGUUUAUCACAAUGAAUGUUUUUUGUAACCUGGGCUAAAAAAAGCUGCACUGAAUAAACAUGAUGUGUAAAAUUAUUCAGUCAUUAAUUUACUCAUUUAUUAUUUUAUUUUUUACAUUUUAAAUCAUAGUCUAAAUAAACAGACUUUGACAUUCAUCUUAUGCCAUGUAAACCUAUAUGCAACAUUGUCAAUUACUUGCAUGCAUUUUAUAGUUGUAAAAUCAAAUAAAACAUAGCAAUUCAA